CAUCCUCUCUGUUCACACCCUUGCGCCGUGAGCGUAGCAUUUGCACCGAGUCAAUCAAGCAAGACGUCUUCUCCCUUUUGUUGUUUCCCUCCUCAGCUUCGGUUACGUCGAACCUCCAUAAAGCCGGCCCUCCGCUUCUCGCCUCUGCUGUGAUCACAAGGCGCAUAGGACGAGCCCCCGCCGGCCCAACGAUACAUAGCUACAAAGGCAGUCGAGCGAGAGACAGGGGCGCGCGAUCGAACGGGAGAUCGAUGAAGCCCAAGAACGGCGCCGCCGCCUCGGAGAGGAGGCUGAUGCCGCGGCGGAUGCUGCUCCUCUGCGCUUUCAGCUUCUGCCUCGGCAUGCUGUUCACCGACCGGUUAGGAUCGGUGCCGGACUGGCAAAGCCCGGUCGUGGUGCAGCGCCGGCGGCAGGACAGGGAGCUGCAGAGCUUUUCUGAAGAUUUUGUUGCCAAGCCGAAACCAGCUGAAGAUAUGGACAUAAUGGGGGAGGUAACAAAGACUCAUGAGGCCAUACAAUAUUUAGAGAAGUCAAUUGCCACACUACAGAUGGAGCUGGCAGCUAAGCGCAGUAACAAUGAGCUGCUUGGGGCAAGUGCAGCUGGCACAAGUAGGCAAAGGAAAAAGGCUUUUGUAGUGAUUGGGAUCAACACCGCCUUCAGCAGCAGGAAGCGUCGCGAUUCUGUGAGGGAGACCUGGAUGCCUCAAGGUGAGAAACUCAAGAAGCUGGAAGAGGAAAAGGGAAUCGUCAUUCGAUUUACGAUAGGACAUAGUGCUGCAUCAAACAAUGUCCUUGAUAAGGCUAUAGACGCAGAGGAUGAAAUUCAUCACGACUUUCUUAGGCUGGACCAUGUUGAGGGGUAUCUCAAGCUAUCUGCAAAGACCAAGAUAUUCUUCUCCACUGCUGUAGCCUUGUGGGAUGCAGACUUCUAUGUCAAGGUGGAUGAUGAUGUUCAUGUCAACAUAGGCAUGCUCAUCGCAACCCUUGGUCGGCACAAAUUGAAACCCCGGGUCUAUAUUGGUUGUAUGAAGUCGGGACCGGUUCUUUCGGACAAAAGUGCUAAAUACCACGAGCCUGAGUUCUGGAAGUUUGGAGAAGACGGGAACAAGUACUUCCGCCAUGCCACCGGGCAGAUAUAUGCCAUCUCCAAGGAUCUUGCCACCUACAUCUCAAUCAACCAGCCUAUAUUGCACAAAUACGCGAACGAAGAUGUAUCACUCGGCGCAUGGUUCAUCGGGCUAGAUGUGGAGCACAUCGACGACAGGGACAUGUGCUGUGGCACACCACCAGACUGCGAGUGGAAGGCGCAAUCAGGCAACGUUUGUGUCGCGUCGUUCGACUGGAAGUGCAGUGGGGUCUGCAAUCCAGUUGAGAGGCUAAAAUACGUACAUUCGAGAUGCAGUGAAGGAGAUGAUGCAAUUUGGAGCGCCUCAUUCUGACAAGAUACUGAUAAGGGUUCCCAGGCUGAUGAGAUAGUGUGAUUGUGAGGCUCCAUUCAGGUAUAUACAUUCGCUGUGCAGAUCAUAGCUGCCUCCUGUGUUCCCCGGAAGACUCAUCUUGCAUGAGGUCACAAAGGAAAACUAAGAAGAGAAGAAAACCAGGAAAACAGACAUGUCUUAUAAAGGGAGAUUGGAAGAAACAGGAGGAUAGAUCAUAUAACUACAGGGAUAAACAUGUUUUUUUCUCCUAUUUUUCUCUCUUGAGAUAUAGGUGAUACAGCCAUACAGCCAGGGCCCAAGCUCGUGUGGGUAUAGAUGUUGUUUUUCAGUCAGUGCAAAAACACGAUAACAUUCUAAUUCGAUUACUUCAUUUGUAUCGUUUGAAAAUCAGUGGUGUUAUAUCCUCAUUGCAGAGAAAA